AAGAAACACAAACACACCUGAAUCACAAGAUCUACAGGUUGGUGUUGUCACAUCUUCCGUGUGGUCUAUGUUCCCCAGUGGAUUCAUUAAAGACUCGUUUUGUGUAUUCCUCGUCUCCGUGCUUCCUGGAACCGUGACAGAACGACCAACCUAAAACAGUAACCUCCGUUUAUACGGAGUGAAUGCGGUGCGAGCCCCACGGGACUGCCAUCCUCCAGCGUCACUGGGGCUGGAGUAUCCCUCACCUCCGCCUCCAGCCUCCUCGGCCCGGACUCUGCCUCGGGCCCGUUGACCCAGCGGCUCCACCUCAGCUCCUAGUUCCUUCGCUUUCACCGUCACCCGUCGAUCCUCCAGCUCCACCGGGCUCCCUCGUCUCUCCGGCUCCGCCUUGGUCAGGCGUCGACCCGCCAUCGCCUAAGGACUCCGCUCCUCCGGCUGCACCUCGUCACUCCGUCCCACCAGCUCCGUUGGGCUCCUUCCUCCCGCCAGCUCCACCUUGGUCCUCAGUCACUCCGGCUCCGCCCCGGAUCUCCGCCUCAGGCUCCUCCACCACCUGCUCUGCCGCCGUUGGUCGGCCCUCUGGAGUCGGCGGCCAUUUCUCCUCCAUGGCUCCUCCCUCCGUUGGCUCCACCGUGGGCCAUCAUCAUGGCUGUGGCCUGGGUCCUGCUGGGUGCCUCCUGCUCCGGAUCCCUCCUGUCUCCUACCUGGCUCCUCCCUCCUUCGUCGCCUCCCUGGUCUCUGUCUGCCGGCCCCCUCCCGGGUGUCUGUCCUCCUCCUGAGCCUCCGCCAUUGUUCCCACCCGUUUCAAUUUUAGUCUAGCCCCGUAUUCAAUCUGACUCCGAUUUCAAGUGAUCAUUAAAUUUAGGCAAUAUUCUUAAUUAAAAACUGAUCACAAAUAUCGAUUAUUAUUUAUUAUUUCAAUUCUUCGUUCAUUAGUGACCCAGUGUCGCUUAGCAAUUCACUAGGCCAACAGUGAACGCACGGCACAAACUCGCCAGCUGAUCCUACUCAGAGGAUACAGGGGUGACUAUAAUACCUUUAAAUAGGCUGCACCCUGCAAACACAUAAUAAAAAGUGUACUUUUUUUUUCUAUAAUCACGAAAACUGUAACUUGUUAAGUCAGUGACAAUCAGCAAACAGAAGAUCCCUAAUGACGAGCCCCCGCUUCAUUCAUUGGUUCUUCAGUAUGAUCUGUCCUGGACGCAGAUUUGUGGAAACACUAGACUAUAACUCUAAUCUACUAGAAAACAUGAUUUCAGAAGAGAUCGGAAUAAAUCAAAUAUAUCAAUUUAUUAUUAGUCAGGUAGAGUUGUAUCAUGCCAAUUACAUAAUGAAAAUAAUUAGAAGCCUAUUUAGAAAUAAGAAAAUACAUAACAUCAGUUGUUCAAAGAUGAAUUUAAGGGUAAAAUAUAUACCUGACUUCAAGAAGAUACAUAGUACGGAACAUAUGAAAUACACUCCACACUACGAGCUGAUCUGACACUUCCCUUAUAUACCCAAAUAAGAAAAACAAAGAAAUCUUCAGAUCGGUUGUAAAAACAUAAAAUACCUUUUGGUGUUUUUGGUUCUAGUGCUCCAGGGUCGCACCUGGAUGAAGAUGGAUAAACAUUCCCGCAGACCCCUAAAGGGGGACACACCCCCUCCUCAGCAGAACACAAUUCUACAAACGUUUUAUAUAAUAUAAUAUAAUAUGAAUGUGAAAUUGAGACCAAUUUACCAAUCACACAGAGACCUUUAAAAUGAUACCAAACAUGAAGGUGAAAAACAAUGGGUUCACGAGAUAUAUGAGAGGUAUAUACCUAUUCUUAAUGAACUUUAAGUGAAACCUUUUGGAGGGAGAGGUAGAGAGGGCAGGGGUGAGAAGGGGUCGUAAAUUAACAAGAAGAGAGGUGUUGUUUGCUCUCUUUAGAGAUCACCUCUCCAGAUAAGUUUUAUGUUUUUAUUGCAUGGCAUCUGUGAGUUCCUGAGUUAAUAUCGUAAGGAAAUAAUUUCACUCCCUACAGCAACUUAAACAUGUAAAACCUAAAAUAUUGCUAUUGAUUUUUUUCCCUCAAAAGUUCUGGCAAGCACAGCUGCUUUUACUGUAAGUUUAAUGUAUUUUCAGUGUAUUUUCACACUGAAUCAUGACACACAUCAGCUUCAGGAGCUUCAUGUGUGUAUUUAUAACUGAUGUAGAAUCUAAUAAGCAAUGAUAAAGCAGAAAUGACAUGAUCUGAUGUUCUGGAUCUGGUCAGAUGUUCAGCGUCUGCAUCAUUUAUUGAGACUGAUGUCUGUUUUUCCCUCAGAAAUGGAGAGAAUCACAUUGCUGUCUCUUCUGCUCACAGUCGUGGUCAGUUCAUCUCCGCGUCAGUAUCACCUUGUGAAUCAGAACAAGAGCUGGACUGAAGCUCAGAGUUACUGCAGAGAAACACACAGAUCUGGUCACUAUCAAUAACAUACAAGAACAGAAUGACAUAAAACAGCUCUUAAACAGUAGCUCUGACCGUGUCUGGAUUGGGCUGAGGAGCACAGACAGAUGGAUUUGGACUCUGAGUGACCCUACCUUCUACAGAAGACGAGAUUUACAGUAUGAGAAAUGGGAUAAAACGACAGCAAAACAACAGCCAGAAGGAGAUGGAGACUGUGUUUACAUGGAUUGUGGGAGUGGACAGAAUUGUGCAAAAGCACAGAAAGGACAUUGGCAUGAUGCAGACUGUCAUUACACAAUGUAUUUCAUCUGCUAUAAUGAAAGUACAGGAUUUGUCCGUGAACAGAACAAAAAGAACUGGACUGAAGCUCAGAAAUACUGCAGAGAGAAACACACAGAUCUGGCCAGUGUGAGGAAUGAGGGAGAGAAUGAUCAGAUUGAGAAGAUGCUAAUAGGUAAUCAAGUCUGGAUUGGUCUGCACAGACUCUGGGUUUGGUCAGAUAACAGCUCCGCCACAUUCACACACUGGAAACAAGAUGAACUCAAUAUCAAAGCCGACAGAGACAGCAUCUGCACAUCAACUGGUGUCAGUAAUGAAGGACGAUGGACAGACGAAUACUGUAGAGAAUCACAUCCCUUUGUGUGUUAUGAUGACAAACUGGUUCUGAUCCGAGAGAAUAAGACGUGGCCUGAAGCUCUGAGAUACUGCAGAGAAAGGGACAUGGACCUGGUGUCGGUGGAUUCAGAGCAGAUGCAGCGAUGGGUGAAGAUCUUGUUCAUGAAAGCAAACGCCUCCUCUGCUCAUGUGUGGCUGGGUCUGCGUCACUCCCGCAUACUGGAACUCUGGUUCUGGGUCAGCGGUCACACCAUGUGCUACGAUCAGUGGGCUUCUGAUUACGACAAAGAACUGGACGACUGCGAUACGACGGUCAGAUCUGGAGCCAUUCGAACCUGCGAUAAUCGCUGGAUCAGCCGCCCUGAAACUGAAGAAAACAACUUCAUCUGCAUCAAGUGAUUGCUGGAGAGUAACUGAUUACAUGUAAUCCAGAUUACAAAUAUUCAGUACUUGUAAUUGGAUUACACUCCAUUUUAAAAUAAUUAGAGGACCGUUACUUUAUUAUCGAUUACAUAUUCACACAAUGCCAGUAAAUUAUUCAUUUAAUUAUGAAGUAAUAAAAAAGCACUCAGAAUACAUGAUUUAAAAUGUGAAAUCUAAUAGAUUGUUUCUAAAUGAAAGUUUUGUCAUGUAAUUUGUAACCAGCAAUAGACUAAAACUGUAAGUAAUUACCCUGUGAGUAGUAAAUAGGGCAUGGCUUGUGACAAAAAUGAUUUAUGGCUUUUUUGACCUUUGUGACCUUUCCCCCUCCCCCACAUAGCGACCACCCACAUAGCGACCCCCCACGUCGUGUUGACCCCUUGACCCCUUUAAUGCGUUCCAGAUGUGAGGAAAUCGGAGAAGCGUGAAAUUCCUACAUCAUCCGGGGAUGAGAUAUGUUGUUUGUACAAGUGUAAAACCAUAAAUGAGCUGUCAAGGAUUGUUUUGAAGAUUUUACGGUGGGGGUUUCCCCAUCUGUGGACCACGUGGUGGUUGCAUUCCGAGGCCUGGUGUGUUAUGGACUCGUUCUCUCUCUAUGGGAGAUGUAUGUAAAAGGAUGAACAGAUUAAAUUUUAACAGGUCAGUUUUAAGACAGACAUAUAUUCUGAUGACUGUAUAAAAUGUAAUUAAAUAACACUCCUAAUAAUGAAUUGGGAAUGAAUUAAAACCCUCUUACAUUUUUCCAAGAGAAAAAUAUUUCCUCCUCUCGCAAGGAACCCCAUUCUUCAAAUGAGAGGUUUACGAAAAAAUUGUGUUUAGUUUAACUUGGAAAAGUCCUCUCUCUCUCUCUCUCUCUCUCACUCUCCGUCUCUCACACGCACGUGU